AUGUACAUAGAAAAGAUGUUGAAACAGUUUGGCAUGCAAGACUCCAAAAAGGGGAAUUUUGCCUUGCAGUCACGGAAUCAUCUUUCAAAAGAUAUGAGUCUAAAGACUGAUCAAGAGCGUGAGUUGAUGCGUGGGAUACCCUAUGCUUCAGCCGUAGGUAGUCUCAUGUACUCUAUGCUAUGUACUAGGCUUGAUACUACAUAUGUUGUGAGUGUUACAAGCAGAUAUCAGUCCGACCCAGGGGAAAAACAAUGGUCAGCUGUUAAGACGAUCCUUAAGUACUUAAGAAGAACUAAGGAUCUAAUACUAAAUUAUGGAGGUUCAGAGUUGAAAAUUGAUGGAUACUCUCAUUCUGAUUUUCAAUCAAAUGUGGAUGAUAGAAAGUCUACAUUCAGGUUCAUUUUCACAUGCAAUAGAGGUGCAAUCAGUUGGAAGAGUUCAAAACAGUCGACUACUGUCGAUUCCAAUACAGAAGCUGAAUACAUUGCCGCUUAA